UCAUUAUCUCUCUUUGCUGUUGCACAUAGAAAGAGAGAGAAAAACAGAGACAACGAAGAAAAGAACAUUUUCUUCCCCAGAACGGAGUUUGGUUUUUCCAACUCCUCUCCAUUUAUCGAUCUUUCUCCAAUCUUCAUCACCAUCACCAUCUUCCUUCUCCUUUUUCUCUUUCUCUUUCUAUUUAUUUUCUCUUCUAAAUUUUCCGGGAAAGCGAAGGGAAAAAAACAGAGAGAAUUGGGGGAAGGAAAUUUGUGAAAAAAGAGGAAUACCCAGAUAAUUAAUUUUGUGAAAUUUUCGAUUUUGAUUAGUGGGUAUUUCUCUUUUUUGCGAUUUGGUGUGUUUGAUGGACUUGGAUAAUAUUGAGUGUGUGUCAUCUUCUGAUGGAAUGGAAGAAGAUGAGAUCCAUUCACAUCAUCACUCUGAAUUUUCUUCCACAAAGCAUAGAAAUGGUGCCACAAAUAUUUUGGGUCCAAAUGGUAUUACUCCUGCAACAAGCGUUCAUGAAUUGCUUGAAUGUCCUGUUUGUACUAAUUCAAUGUACCCUCCAAUUCAUCAGUGUCACAAUGGCCACACGCUAUGUUCCACAUGCAAAGCACGAGUGCAUAACCGGUGUCCCACUUGUAGACAAGAGCUUGGAGAUAUUAGGUGUCUGGCAUUAGAGAAGGUGGCUGAAUCACUUGAAUUACCGUGCAAGUACUACUCCCUUGGAUGUCCAGAAAUCUUUCCAUACUACAGCAAGCUUAAGCAUGAGACAGUAUGUAAUUUUAGGCCAUAUAGUUGUCCUUAUGCUGGAUCAGAGUGUUCUGUUGUUGGCGAUAUUCCCUUCCUUGUUGCUCAUUUGAGGGAUGAUCAUAAGGUCGACAUGCACACUGGAUGCACAUUCAACCAUCGUUAUGUGAAGUCAAAUCCACGUGAAGUAGAGAAUGCAACCUGGAUGCUCACAGUAUUUCACUGUUUUGGUCAAUAUUUCUGCCUUCAUUUCGAAGCUUUUCAGCUUGGCAUGGCCCCUGUUUACAUGGCAUUCCUUCGUUUUAUGGGCGAUGAAAAUGAUGCUCGGAACUACAGCUAUAGCCUUGAAGUUGGGGCCAAUGGCAGGAAACUAAUUUGGGAGGGUACGCCUCGAAGUGUUCGGGAUAGCCACCGUAAAGUCAGGGAUAGCCAUGAUGGUCUCAUCAUUCAAAGAAAUAUGGCACUAUUUUUCUCUGGUGGGGAUAGGAAGGAGCUGAAACUUAGAGUCACAGGAAGAAUUUGGAAGGAACAGAAUCAAGAAAAUGGAGUGUGCAUACCUAAUAUUUGUAGCUGACAUGUUAUUUAAGAAGCAUUUUUUUAUUGUUUGUGUGCUUGUUGCGAUAGAUUAAGGCACUAAUGUGGCAUUGUAUUUUUCAGUUUUCUUGAGCUGUGUAAUAAACAAGAUUUUCUUUUAAAAUUUGCUUGAUCAGAAUUUAAUACUACUGGAAACUUAGAAUGUGUAUUUUACUCCACACAUAGAUUGAAUUGUAAGAUUUGUAUUUGACAAAUCAGGGUAAUUUGGAAGAGUUUCAUCUACCCCAAUAUCAAUAUUGCUUCACUUGCAAUUU